AUGAAAAUAAUUAUGGAUGAAUAUCAACAUGGGAAACUUGAAAAUAAAAUUGCUUUAAAUUUUCUAGUUUGGGUAUUUUGGGUAGAAAAGCAAUUUAAAGAAAUGAAAGAAGAAAAUAAAGAAGAAAUUAAAUAUUUAAAUAAAAUGUGGUUAUUUAGAAGGGGAUAUUUUUAUAGUAAAUAUGAUGAAUUAUUUGAAUUAAAUGAUAAAAAUAAAUUGGAAAAAGAAGGAAAUUUAAUGAGUAAAAUACAGAUUGGAAUUUGGAAGAAUUUAAAAGAAAAAAAAUUAAAAAAGAAAAAUUGGGAAAAAGAAUGGAGAGAUAUAGAAAAUGGAAUUAUUAGAGUUAAAAAGGAGGAGGAAGAAGAAUUUGAAGAAUUUUUAAACGAAGAAAAGAAAAAAGUUUUGGAAAAAGAAAUUAAUUGGGAAGAAGAAGAAAAUUUGGAGGAAAAAGAAGGAAGAAAGGAAUUUUAUAAAUUUGUAAUUGAAGCUUUAUCUAAAGAAAUUGGAAGAAAAAGAUUGGAAGAUUUAAUUGGAAUUUUGAAUACAAAAGAAAUAAUUAAAAAUAUUAAAAAUAAAUUAAUAAAUAAAUAUUUGGAAUUAGAAAAUUACGAAAUAGAAUUUUUAAUUGAAAUUGAAAAAAUAAAAGAGGAAUUUGAAGAAAUUGAAGAAAAAAUUGAAAUAAAAGAAGAAGAAAGGGGGGAGGAUGAGAUAAAUAAAAUAAAAGAAGAUGAAAUAAUUAAUGAAGAAAAGGAUAAUGAAAGUAAUAAAAAAUUGAUUGCUAAUAUUCUUAAAAAUGAAUUAAAUAAUGAAAAUAACAAAGAAUUAAUUGAAGAAGCUUUGGAAUUAUUAAAUGACAAUUUUAUAAAUAAAUGGGCUUUGGCAAACAAAAAACAGGCAUGA